AUGGCCGCCAACGUCAUGGGCAUGUCUCCAGAGCAGAUUGCUUCAUUUCGGUAUCAGCAAGAACAUAUCAGCGAUGACCUACGUCCAGUCGUUUACGCAGUCACCUGGAUCCUGUGGUGUUGGGCUGUCACAGCUACUUUUCUACGCUUCUAUGCGCAGAGAAUGGUGCGAAGUACCAUAAAACCCGAGGACGGCUUUGUUGUGCUGGGUUUGCUGGCUGGGACAGGACAGGCUAUAUGUAACACUAUUGCGGGGGCAAACGGCCUUGGGCUGCACUCAAUAUCUCCAAAGGUAAAUAUAGUGGUUGUGGCCAAGUGCGCCUUCGCCUUUCAGCUGCUCUACGGCCUCACUAUCGUGUCGAUAAAAUAUUCCAUUCUCAUAUUUUAUCACCGAGCUUUCUAUCCUUACUUUUACUUUAGGGUCGCCGUCUGGUGUGUAGCCGGGUUCGUCACCUGCUGGAUCUUUACUGUAACAUUCGGUGUUACCUUCCAGUGUACACCUAUCAGCUUCGUCUGGAACAAGAGCCAACCCGGCCACUGUAUCGACUUCAGAAGUUUGAGUAUCAGCACCGCUAUAAUAAACAUAGUCACCGAUUGCAUAAUCGUGGUCAUGCCAAUGCCAAUCAUAUGGAGGCUCCAGCUUCCAAUGAGCAAGAAACUUGGCCUCUCCAUCACCAUCGUGCUUGGUGGAAUUGUCAUUCUUGCAAGUAUACUUAGGGUCACUACCGUCCGCGGUGUCAACAAAUAUGAUUUUUCAUAUGAUGGAGUGGUGCCUGGAAUUUGGACUGUAGUGGAACCAAUGGUUGGAAUUGUCGGAGUCUCUUUGCCUUUGAUGACUCCACUUUUCCGAAAGAUCAAGGGAGGGUCAACCCAGAGGUCAAGCGAGGGCGGCAUUGAAGGCGGUUGGUAUCGCGCUCGGCUAGGGUCAGGUCAAAGGACAGCAAACGUUCCGUUAGCCAACUACGAUGACUGGAUCGAUUAUGAUCCGACACUUCCAGCCAACCGCAGCCUUAUGAUCGGCACUGAGCUGCAGGAUCCUAUCCCUCAGUGCCAUUUUACUGGUUUCAAAAGUCGUAUAGCAGAGCCCGGUGCCGCGUUGCCAUGGCGGGGGAUUCGCGUCCCUGCUUCCAGUCUGGCGCAGUCGCUGAAGACAUUGCCUACGAGGGCAGAGAGCAGAGAUAACGGGACACAGAGAAGAGCACGGGCGGGCAAGAAGCGUAGAAUCGCGAUGCGGAAAAAGCACGCGGCAGAGGUGCGGGCAGCAGAGACGGAGAAGGAGAAGCGCGCCAGGAAGAACAGAGAAAAGAAGCUGAAGAAGCGCGAGAAGAAUCGACAAGUCAAGGAGCUGGUGGCGGCCGCAAAGGAAUCAGGAGAAGCGCCCGACUGA